AUGGCCCACAACGAAACACUCACUCCUGCAACCAUCCAUAGUGGGGCUUCCAACCCCCUCCCGUGGUAUCAACAGACGAACCUACGAUGGCUGUACCUAAAGAUGGUCAUCCUAUUCCUCGCCUCUACCAGUCUAGGGUACGACGCUAGUCUGCUGAAUGGUCUCCAGACUAUGGACACCUGGGCUGCGUACUUCAACGAUCCCCGAGGCAGCCGACUCGGCCUCUUUGGCGCCCUUCCAGGCAUCGGUACCUUCGCCGUCUUUCUCAUCGCCCCCUAUAUAACCGACGGACUGGGACGGCGCAUCGGAACUGCCGUCGGCUCAGCGGUGAUUGUCCUGGGUGCUCUGGUGCAGACCUUCCCUCCAGAGGCUCAUCCAGAUGGGAUGUACCUCGCCGGACGAAUUGUCGUUGGUAUCGGGUCUGGCAUGUGCAACGGUGCCUGUCCGCUUCUUAUCACGGAGGUCGCCCAUCCGGAUCAUAGAGGGAAGAUCACAACUAUCUAUAACACACUCUGGUAUCUCGGCGCUAUUGUCGCCGCGUGGUCAGCGUUUGGGACAUUGGAGAAUCUACACGGCGAUGUGCAGUGGCAGUUGCCGACUGCAUUGCAGGCGCUUAUGCCUGGGAUCCAGCUGCUAGGAAUAUGGUUUCUUCCUGAGUCGCCGCGUUGGCUAAUCAGUAAAGGCAAGUUGGAUAAAGCAUUGGACGUUCUUGGGAAAUACCACGGCAAUGGGGAUAAGGACGACGAGUUUGUACAGUGGGAGUUUGCAGAGAUCCGGGAGACGCUGCGUCUCGAGCAAGAAGCCGCACAGACAGGAUGGAAGGAACUCGUCCGCACCAAAGGGAAUCGAAAACGAUGUCUCUUGAUCGUUAUGACAGGCAUAUUCUCGCAGUGCAGUGGAAACGGACUCGUCUCGUACUACCUCGCCCAAGUCCUCAACACCAUCGGCAUCACCGGCUCCCUCGACCAAGCCAAGAUCAACGGCGGCCUGACGAUCUGGUGUCUCGUCGUUUCUCUUACCGCUGCAUUCCUCGUCGACCGAUUCGGACGCAAAACACUGUUCCUAUUCGCCGGCGUUGGAAUGCUAAUCUCGUUCAGUGUCUGGACGGCAUGCAGCGCUGUCUAUGACCAGACAGGGUCGGCACCAGCAGGACGAGCCGUGCUGGCCAUGAUCUUCCUCUUCUACGGUACAGCCGGCGCAGCUUGGCCCGGACUGACGGUUGCAUAUACUGUUGAGAUAUUACCGUUUAAUAUCCGAGCAAAGGGACUAACGCUCUGUACGUCUGUUACCGCGCUCGCGGGGAUCUACAACCAGUACGUGAACCCACUUGGGUUAGAAGCACUCCAGUGGAAGUUCUACUUCGUGUACAUCGCCAUCCUGGUGAUCGAGUGUCUGGCGAUAUAUUUCUUCUUCGUGGAAACGCGAGGUCCAACCCUCGAAGAAAUCGCCGUGCUGUUCGACGGACAAGACGCCCCUGCUGGUCUUGCGAGGGUUGGAGCAAAAGCCGAGCAGCCGGUGUCAUACCAUAAAGAAGCUAUUUCUCAAUAG